GUGGAGAAAGUUCGUAACAUGUACCAACAAGACAUCCACUUGUCCCCUUGUUUUCUACUUCUUCUUCUUCCUGAAUGGCACGUGUCUACUCAUUACUACCACCUAGUGGAGACCUGAAGUUGAAUAAAUCCUGAAGUUGAAUUAAUGCGCCUAUAAUUUCGUUAAAACAAAACACAUUAGACAUAUUAAAAAGUGUGUUCGAAAGUAGUUCACGUUAAUUUGUCUAUCAUAAAUCAUUUUGUAUUGCCUGAGGGUAAAUAAAUAAAUGUAUGCCUUUAAGGACGACAGGUAUUGACGUCAGGUCAUGUCAGACGUCAUAGUCCCGCCCACUAGCGUUGUGGUUAACAGCUAAACUCGUCAAACAGGAGUCUGCUAGUCCUGUUUAAACUUCGUCUUCGUGGACUAGACUCUUUAAGAAGAAGAAAGUUUCUUUCAGAGUAUCCGGGCUGCUUUACAAAUAUUGGAGCUUCUAACUUCGAACCUUGUUUGAGCGACAGAAUUUCUCUACUGAGAACCUGUUCAACUUCUUGGAGUUCAGGUGUGUCCUUCUGGCCAAGCUGGAAUGUGAUUGGCUGUCAUCUUCACUGACCACAAUAUUAGACGCUACCGUUUCCACGGGGCCCCACCAUGCGGCGGCGUCUGGACCGGAUACGGAAUUGGGGCCACAGACGGGAUGACAUAGUGGAUCAGCCCGAGUCUCCCAGCACAUCGGACACAGAAUGCAGCGAGGAGGUUGGUUCAGGAACACUUUCUGCACUACAAGAUGAACCCAAAACAGAUCUGAAUGAGGUUAAAGGUCAUCUAGAGAUCACACUGUUAGAGAAGCACUUCUUACAGGAGGAGUUGAGGAAACUUCGAGAAGAAGAGUCGAGCGUGGAUGGGUUGCGUCAGGAGCUGGAGAGGGAACGCUGUCGGAACAUGGAACUGGAGCAGAAGAUCAACCAAAUUACCACAGCCAGACUUGAAGAUUCACCAUGUGGUCCUCCUAAAGCCCCACCCUCUCAUGACAUCACCACAUCAGAGAAACAAAAAGAAGACAUGUACAAUCGCUUCCAGAAGUGGCUUUCCCAUUAUUUUGGUGUUGACUUUGAGGACUUCCAUCUCCAGCCAGAGGAAGAAGUGGUGGAGCCGGACGAGCCGCUCAGUGCCAGAAGACUGACAGAAAACAUGAGGCGUCUCAAAAGAGGACUGAGACCCGUGAUGAACUUCCUGAGGGACCUGUCUGCUUUGUCCAGCUGGUACUCGGUAUACACCACGGCCAUUGCCUUCACCAUCUACAUGUAUGCAACGUGGCGUGGAUGGACCAUCUCCAUGUUCCUGUUCCUCGCUGUCCUCCGCCUCUCUUUAAAUUACCUCAUUGCCAGGGGCUGGAGGAUCCAGUGGAGCAUCGUCCCGGAAGUUUCGGAACCUGCGGAGCCUCCCAGAGAAGACCUGACCGUGUCAGAGAAGUUCCAGCUGGUUCUGGAUGUGGCCCAGAAAGCUCAGAAUGUUUUUGGGAAGAUGGCCGACAUCCUCGAGAAGAUUAAGAAUCUCUUCAUGUGGGUGGAGCCCGAGUUAACAAAGAAGCUUUACAUUGCUCUGUGGGUGUCCUUCAUCGCCUCCUGCCUGCUGCCUUAUAAAGUGCUGGGAUUCAUCAUUGGCGUGUUUGCAGGUGUAAAGUUCUUCAUCAUCAACUUCAUCUUCAAGAGCUGUCCCAAACUACGCCAACGUUACGACACGGCGCACAUCGUCUGGACCAACCUGCCCACUGACCUUCAGCUGAAGGAGCGCAGCAACCCUUCGCCAGGCCGACGGGUUCCUUCUGGGGAGGAUGUGGGAGGCGCAAGGUACUACAGCACCAAGAGAGGAGCCUUCCAUGAGGUCUUCAAUCUACCGGAGAGCGAGUGCCCGCUGCCAGUGUGUGAGAAUGGUUGGCGCUGCUGCCUCAUCAACCGGGACAGGAAGACCCCAACAGACUACAUCCGUAAUGGUGUCCUCUACGUCACCGAGAACCACUUGUGCUUCGAGGUCUCCAGGUCUUCAUCCACCAAGAGGAACAAAGUCAUCAAACUGCUUGACAUCACCGACAUCCAGAGGUACAAAGUAUUGUCCAUGUUACCCGGCUUCGGGAUGGGCAUCUCCAUAGCAACACCAUCUACUCAGAAGCCCAUGGUGUUUGGAGCCAUGACCAACAGGGAUGAAGCCUUUGACACCAUCUUUAGCCAGCAUAAGAAGGUUGUUGCCAUGGCUACAGCCACCAGCCCAGAGAUGUAGGAACUAUCUGGGACUGUACCCUCAACUCUUAAAUAAUUGGCAGCACAGACAGGUAAAAGGUGGCAUUUUUCUCUGCAAGAAGUCACCUCCAUGGCUUCUUAAGAGCUUUUUACGUUUUGAUGGUUAAAAGCAAUCAGCUCACCAGGUGAUCACUUUGUCAGCCAUUUAUCGUGUCAAUUUGGCAUUUAACCACAACCUGCAAGAUAGAGGGAAGAAAUACAUCUCUCUGAUAAAUUUCAGUUGUAAAACAUAUGAAAUGGCAUUCUUUUUAUUUUUAUUUUUUUUUUAAUUUUGGGCCUUUUUAUAAGCACUUUAACCCUUACUUGUAAAUUUGGCGUAAUGUUUGUACUUUUAUAACAAUAAUGCAGCUUCUUUUCACAAUGGUGCCUCAUGCAGAUCUUUUGCUUCAGGAUGUGCCUUUUUUGUCUCUUUUGUCUUCUUAGGACUUUGUAUGUAUGUGUAUGAUGUGUUUUUAUAUUUGCUGCUACUUCUUUGAAUAUGAAAUAUAUUUGUAUAUUAGUACAACCGGGCUUUUCAACGCUAAUUGUUUUUUGUUGUACUUAUUUGUACCUGAUGGUACCAGUUGGUUGAUUUGGAAGGGAAACCUGUCUUAACAUCUUAAAAUGUAUUUUCCUGGAUUAUUUUAUCCAAAAAUAGUGAUAUUUUCGCCCAUGAGGUAGGAAAAGGAUGUGUGAAAAGUUGUGGCAUUACUGUGGUGGACUUCGGAGGUACUUCUGGGUAUUCUUUGCUGUACAGGGAAUUUAUAUUAAAGUAAAAAUAAUCACGUUCACACCAAUCUGUUCAUAUUUUCACUUGAUCAUUUUAUAUUUGUACAUAACAGUAAAAAUCGCAUUCUUAUUUACAGAACUUUUAAUUUAAACAGUUUGUUCAGGUUCCAAAACAACAGCAAUCGAGGAUGAUGAUUAACUAACUUCCAGUGUUCCAAAAUAAAGCAAAAACUAAAUAGUAAUAACAAUUCUUUAGCGGAGGAAAAUGGAUGGAUGGAUGGAUGGAUAGAAUUCUUUAGAUUUACAUAGCACUUUCUGUUCCCCUGACACUGGAUUUUGCUAGUUAGAUCAUGCUUAUUGAACAUAUAAGUUUUUAAAAUGGAUGCUGGUUGUGCUACAGUACCACCUAUGAAGAGGUUGUUCACUCAUGGUUCUGAGAGUCCGAUAAGGCUGAAUGUUAAGGACUCAGCUUAUCAAUGAUCAGCUUUUAUUAUGGGCGCCUCCUGCUGCGCCCUCCUCCCACUCACAGAGCAACGUCCGCAAUUUCGUCAGCCUCUGAGUCCUCUGCUGGGUCCUCCAUUUUCACUCCAAGUCCACUGUCCAGGUCCGCCUCCACAAAGCCCAUCUUAGAGCUUUUAGUUGGGAUAUCGUCAUCAUCGUCUUCCUCUUCCUCCCUAACUAAAGCUUCCUCAUUGUCUUCCUCACUGUCGUCUUCCCUGCUGUCUGGGAUUAUGACCACCUCCUCCUUAGCGUUUGGAUCAAUGUCCUCCUUGAACCAAACUGCCUUGUAGCCUUCCUCCAUGCGCCUCUCCUUCGUCAGAAUGGGCUUCACCUCCUUUUCACUGUCAGCCUUGUCGGAGCCCGUGAGGCUGACGUCAUCGUCAAGGAGAGUGGUCAGCGCUGCAGAAGACUUGACGGCAAAACUGUCACUUCUUCCUUCCAGCUCCUUCACCACGAUGGCAUCUGGCCCCCCUGAGCCCACACUGCCUCCAUCUUCAUCAUGCUCGAAAGCCUCAUUGGUGUACUGGAUGCCCUCCUUCUGGCCUCCUAAGCCUUGGCCCAGCUGUGGAAACAAAGGGAGCUUCGGAACACGCUGGCUUCAUGAAUCUUCCUCCAGUCAGAUUUUCCCUUUUGAAGGCGACAGACAAGCACUCCAAUGACCACCAGACAGACGAAGAGAAGAAUCCCAAGCGUUGCCCCGAGCGCCGCCAUGUCUUCUGUUCUGAAUUCACCCAACGGGAUCAUCACUCCAUCUGGAAAGGCAAUAUUAGGACAUUUUUCAGAUAACCAUUUGACAUCUAUGAUUCCAGACUAACGCAAUAACACAAUAAGUGUGGACAAGAUUGGAGCUUUAGCUUUAGUCUCAGGCAAGAUCCUGUGGUUGGUCACUUUAACAAAGACUUUGAAGCUCUUGAAGACAGCUGGAACACUAUGCAUUGUGUGAUUACUACAAUCAUGAAGGUGGGGGACCAUCUCUCCAGUUAGACAAAACAUGUGACCACCUGUGUGAGGGUCCGCUGUGCUCCCUUCACUGGUUGAGCUGGGAUUAGUGGUUGGUCCAGUGGCCUCGGUGGACAUAAAAGAGUCUGUGGUGGACAUGCUUGGGCUGGUGAGGCUGAUGCUAGUCGGUAGACUUGUGCCAUCAGUGGACAUACUGGAGUCUGUGGUACCUAUGCUAGUGGAGCUGGCAGUGGAGAUGCUGCUGUCAGUGGGUUUAAUGGUGGACUCCACUUCUUCGGUUGAUGUAGCGGGGUUGGUGGUGGACCACAUGUCUUCAGUUGUUCCGCUGUCGGUGGUCACGAUGCUGGUCAUGAUGUCAGUCGUGCUCAAAGGCAAAGCGGUGGUGGUGAGACCUGAGAGGAGAGUACACGUUGAAGCUUAUAAUGUUGUUGGCCAAUCAUCUGGGAACAAGGAUUGUCACCAUCCUCCAAGUCCUUGUUGAUGCGCAGCUAUAGUUCAAUCUCACCAUUCAACCCGUCUUGUUUUGUAAAGAUGGACUACGUGGACGCGGAGAGCUUCAUACUGGAGUUUCCUCAAUUGCAAUGACAUAUACGAUAUAAGAGUUUGGUCUUCUUUUGACAAUAUUUGUAAAAUUAUCUUCUUGGAUUUUUAAACAUGAUUCCUGCACAUGGACAUAAAAGGUGAUUCUUCUCAUGAUUGGAUUUAAGUGGUCCCAACUGAUUUGAAGUCAUCAUCUUCUUCUCCUUCCAGGGUUAGAAUCCAAAUUCCUCUUGUGUUUCUGAACAUAAAUAAGUGUUAAACUAAAUGGACGGAGUAUUCCUCUUGAAAGACUCUAAUUUAGAAUCAAAAUGGUGAGCCUGGAUGGCAGCCCCAUCAGCAUGUUUGAAUGGAGAAUUGAGAAGUGGGAAGUUGAGCAAACAAGACACAGACCCACACACAAAGUACCCAUGUAUAUUUGGACUGAAUUUCUUUGACUCGUUUCCAAGAGCUGUCCUAUUGAGUCUCUAUUGGCAAAAAAAGGUACAUUUCUUAAGGACCAACCACAGGACUAUGUAACACUUGAGGGAUCACUGACCCUAUUGAUUCUGUGUUUUUAUGUUCGAGUCUCCAAAAGACCAGAAGUCGCCUUUGAAUAAUGGAAUCAAGAGGGGUCUGAAUAUUCACUAAAUAUAGCUAGGUUAGAGAGCAGUGAUUCUCUUGCUACGUCUUUUUAUUCCCUGGCAGGCCAGGUGAAUAUAAGGUGUGUUAAGAAGCAGAGUUACGUUUCCAUUUACUGUACGGUGUUUGGACGACAAACCAACUGUAAAUUCUGACAAUCCCAUUUAUAGUAAUAUGUGUUUAUGAGCAGGGCGGCACGGCGGUCGAGUGGUUAGCGCUAGGAGACAAGGGUUCAAUUCCACCCUCGGCCAUCUCUGUGCGGAGUUUGCAUGUUUUCUCCGGGUACUCCGGUUUCCUCCCACAUUCCAAAAACAUGCUAGGUUAAUUGGUGACUCCAAAUUGUCCAUAGGUAUGAAUGUGAGUGUGAAUGGUUGUUUGUCUAUAUGUGCCCUGUGAUUGGCUGGCCACCAGUCCAGGGUGUACCCCGCCUCUCGCCCAAAGACAGCUGGGAUAGGCUCCAGCACACCCGCGACCCCCGUGAGGAAAAAGCAGUAGAAAAUGAAUGAAUGAAUGUUUAUGAGCAAAGGCAAGCAAAUCUAAUCUAAAUGCCAAAUCUAUUUGUGAUGGUCCAAAAUGAAUGUAUGGGAAACACUGGUUUGCACUUGAACGCAGAUUGAUCUGCGUUCACCUGCAUUGGUGUCCCUUGAGAGGUUUCUUCCUACCUGAUUUCACUUCCACUGAUAGCUGAGCUGUUGCUUUCUGGUCAUUUGAAGUGUCCACCGCCUCCACCUGCAGGGUGAAGUUUGAGGUUUUGUAACACAUGUACCUGUUAUUGUAAUUGGCUUGAGAGGGAGAAAACUCACUUGUAGAGAUAAUGUGGCCUCUGGGAGGUCCUUGGUCAUGAAUAAGUAGCUAUUGAUGAUAGUGAAGUCGUCACUCCCUUUAAUAUGAUAGACCAUGUGAGGAUUUAUACCCUGGUGUGGCAGGAAUGCAAGGAACAGAUGUACAGAUGACAAUUGUAUGACGCAUACAAAAAGUGUGUGGAAAGUCCUUGUUUUACCCCAGCUGCAGCGUAAUCCUCGUCCAAGGCAAUGAGCCGCAGCGGCUCGUCCUUGUUUGCCGGGUCUGUUGCCAUGGCGCCGACUGAUGACACCACACCCUCAUACUGAAGCCUCUGAAACUGUGGCCGGUGAAGGCUCUUCACCUGGACGCUGAUGGUUAGGCUGGUGGUUGUAAAUUGAGAACUGCUUGGCGUCUGAGCGGCCUGAGAAACAAACCAGAUAAAGUUGAAUGAAUGACUCUUUCACAACCAUCUUGUGUUUUAUAAAGCUUGUGAGUGUUUGAUUUUCACCAGAACUGUUAGAGUGAUGGUGUCUACCACAUCAGCCGCCCUCAUCAUGCUGAUAUUCCCAGUGGUUGGGUUGAUCUCAAACAGGCCAUCUUCAUUUCCUGGGAUUCAGAGGCCACACGUGUCACCAUCAAUGGCGUAAAGUGGACCUGGCUUCAGUGUUAACGGUUCAGCCUGGUGCCAGGAGUAACACAGGAGACAACGACACAACAGAAAACCUGAG